AAUAUGAUUGAGUAAAUGAUUAUAUGAUAUGAUAUAUGAAUUGAUUGGAAAUUGAAUGACAAUUGAAUGACAAUUAAAUGACAAUUGAUUUGAUGGUUCAGUAAUGAUAACAAUUGAUCACAAAUUGAUGACUCUGUGCAAUGAUAUUGUGUUAGUGACCAUCCAUUACAUCGAUGGGCGCCUGUUAUUCAGGUCAUACAUCUAAGACUUGUCCAUCAAAUGAGACCAUUUGUCGCCCAAUUGAGCCAUUGAAGAGACAAUUGUCUUACAGUCACCAAAGUGUCACAUUUGCUCAACAAAUACAAUCAAAUUUAGACUCGACAUCAAUGUCUUCGCAACCAAACAAUCGCAACAAAAUACCCACCACUUCGUCAAAGUUGACGGCAAAUCACAACAAAGUGAUAGCUAAGAGUUGUGAAGAACAUGUCUUCAAUAAAUAUAGGACUCGAAGAUAUGAGGCGUCAGUCGAUGUGAGUCAAGUGAUGAUUUGCGACAACUCUUCGACCACAUCCAUCAGCUCUGAUUGUAGCAUCAAUUUGUCGAAGGCGUCCAAAUCAACGUCAUCUUCAGCGUCUAACAUCAGUCGACUGCAGACAUCAAUACCAAAAGCGGUUACCUCACGAACGCCGACGCCUCCCAAUCAACUCAAGUAUUCUUCAAAUCUUAAGAAACCAAUUUCCGUUCAAAACAAAUAUAACUGCAAUAAUAGUAGCAAAGAAAAAAACAGUUCACUUACGAGUGACCUAUUGAAUGACAAUGGGAUCAAUAUAAGUGAUACUAAGACUCYCAAAAAUAGGACCAUUACUUAUAAUGAGUCUAAUGGUAGCAAACCUAAGCACACAUCUACUAAAUUGGCCGCUAAUGAUAACAGUAUUAAGUAUACGACACAAGUAUCAGGUCUUCCGAGACCACAAACAGCACACAUAGUGUCUACUUCUAGUCAAAGAUCCGACAAAAUAUUGGAUAAUAGCAGUGAUAAGACAUCGAAUUAUGGGAGCAGUCGUUUGCGACAAUACUCCGACAAUAAGAACCAGAACUUGACAUGUGAUCCAAGUCUACGUCAAAUAAAACCAUACUUUUACCAAAUGAAUAAUAAUAAGCCAUACGAAAGACCCAAUACUAAUAAUAAUGGCAAUCAUUUAGCUUACAAUCGCUUACACUAUCAACAGAAACCAUUAAAUUUAACGAAACCGGUGUUAAACAAUAACAGUAGCAAUAAUAACAAUAAUAAUAAUAAUAACCAAAAUAAAUAUACCGGUAAAUCAUUUACAACAAAUGGUUCGCUUACCGGUAAAGUUAGAUCAAGUUUUGAACAAAAUAUGAAAACCACAACUAAAGAAAUGACUUCAACUGCAAAUAAUACCUGUUUAGACAUUAUAAACCAUAAUAAUGUCUGCAAUAGUAAUAAUAAUAAUAAUACGGAUAAUGUUAACAAUAAUAAUAUAGACAAUGAUGUGAAUUGUAAAUCCAAUGAUAAUUCAUUUUUACCAAAAAGUAUUCAAACCAUUCGAGAAUUGACACCAAAAAUUACACGAAAAGAUUCAAUAAUUAUAUCCAAAAAUAAUUUACUCAAAAGCGAAAAGUCUUUUGAAAAUAAUAACAGUAUUACUGGUGGUGUCGUCAACGCUAAUAAUGAUUUCUUAAUUGAUGACGAGAUAAGUGAUCAGCCAGAGCUGGUACUGAAUUCAACCAUCAAUAAAAAACAAUCAAAGAAAUCAAUGAACAACGAGGAGACACAUGUGUUCAAACCGGACACUUCUGUUAUAUCAACAAUACCUUCCUCUCCAAGUGUCUCAUUAUCUACAUCUUCAUCCACAACAACAACAAAUGUAAUUCCAAAUAUAACGACAUUUCGAAAGCCAAGACCAUUAUCUUUAGUAGAAAUGCCCGACGGAUCAGUUGGAUUAGACUCGCCAUCAUUUAGAGCAGCGACUCAAGACUUGAUUGGUAUUAAAACAUUACUUUUCAGACUCCAUGGAUUACUUCAAAAUGCGGAAACAUUAAAUCCAUUUGAAAAUAAUUACAAUCAAAAUAGAUUUUAUAAUCAAUUGAUUGUAUCAGAAAAUGAUAUCAUUGAAGACAUUGAUUCAAGUGAUUUAAGUAAAGAAAACUUUGAUUUGAAGCGACAAAUAGUAUUACAACAACAGAUCAUUGAAGAUAAAGAACGAACCAUUAGGUUAUUACAGCAACAAAUGUCAAAAUAUUUAAAUAUAAAUAAUAACGGAUACGUAUGUCAUGAGUCAGAUGUGGACAAAGUGAACGCCAGUUGUCAGACAGACUGUUGUAAGAAUGACUCUAAUAUUAAUCCUCGCGUUGUUUCCAACGGAUCCAACGGAAUGCUUGUCAGCUUUUGGAUCAGUAAAGUUCCGGCCUUUGCUUAAAAAAAAUAUUGUAUUAUAAAAAUUGUAUAAAACUUAUUCUUCUAUUACUAUUAACUCAU